AUGCGCUUUCAAAGUGCACUUGGAAGCAAAGUCUUUUCCGCACUCGGAACAUUUCCACCGUUUGGGUCUCGUAUGACCUUUCCCAUGACCUUCAGACUCAUCAUCAUCAUCAUCAUCAUCAUGUUCAGCAUAUGGAGAGCGCGACGCGGUUCGGUCCCCGUCCGAGAGCGGAGCCGAGAGGCCGUCCGCUUCCGACGGUCCGACGCCGUCUCCUCCGCCUUUUGUCGCGGUGUGCGGACUCCGCCCCUGCGCCGGCCUCACUCGGACCUUCCGCUUCACUUUUCAGAGGGAGGCGGUGCGACGGCAACGCGGCGCCGUCACCAAACUCCUCUUCCGGGCGGCGGCCGCGGCUCCUCGACGUCAAAGCGCUCCCGCUCGUCCUCUUUAAUAGCUCACGCUGCGCGCACGCCAGAUCGGCAUCGACCCGGAGAGCGAGCCGGAACUGGUGUGGCUUGCCAGGGAAGCUCGAUUCGCUCGGCUGCCUCCGGGAUGGGCCGAAAGACGUCGACCCGUGAGCACCCGUGCCAGGUCCAGUACCGCCAGCUGGUGCGGCAGGAACGCCAGCGGAUCCGCCGCGCCUCCGCCUCGCGAAGCCAAGCGGACGACGACGACGACGACGACGCGCACACGGGAAUUUUCUGCAGCGGGUUCUUGAGCGUGAUCAACAGCAGGUGCGAAGAAACUCCCUCCGCGACGCUGCCGACCUUCGACGACGACGACGACGACGAAGAUGAAGGCGUCGUCUCGGAAAAGGAGGACUCGGGAGAGCUGGCAGAGGACAGAAGCCAGUCAGAAACACCGGACGAGGCCCGACCCGAAGAGCGAAGCGGCGAAUCGGCACCGGAACGGAUGUCUGAGGAACUUCCCGUGACUGACAAUUCAAUUUCCUGCGACAGUCUGCUGGAGACCGAAGACCGGGACACAGAGACGGCCGCAGCCCGGGGGCCGGACCGACCUGAGCCGGCGGGUCGCCGCCCCGGCGCGGGGGAUCCGGACGACGACGACGACGACCCAGCGGAAGCCUUUGAAAGAGCUGCGGUGAGUCGCGCUUGGAGACGCUUCCGCGUCACACGAGCAAAGGACUGCUUUUGCAGCGGAUUCUUGAGCCUCUUAGGCAGCGGACGAGACCAAAGUUCUUCUCUGCCUUCCAGCCGCGAUGACCGAGACGAGGAGGGCCACUUCGGCAGCGGAUUCUUGAGCGUCAUGGUCGACGGCGGGGCCCGAGACGUCCGGCCAAGGGAGCUUUCGUCACAGCGUCGCGCUUCUGAGAGUCGGCCGCCGAGGGACCGCCAGGACCGGGACGAGGACGCCUGCCGCAGAGACGAUUCCGGGCGCGGGCCGGACUCGAGAGCCCAAAGGGACCGCAGAGGAGAGCCGCCGAUCGCCGACGUGGACGUCCCAUCCGAGGUCGCCGACUCCGGCGGUUCUGUUUGGACCGAAAGUCCAGAGGAGACUGGAAUGGCUGACGGCCGAGAUCCUUCUGGCAACGACGGGAAGGCGGAGGAAGGGGAGGCGCCGGCGGUCCAGGAUGCGGACUCUUCGGGAGAGGUUUUGGACUCAGACAUUUGCGCUUCAUCCGAGGGGCGUCUGGAGAUGGACGCCAAAGAAGAGGAGGAGGAAGAAGAAGACGACAACCAGACGGAGGCUUCCAAGAGCAGCCAAGAUGAUCCGUCGCCGCGGGAGGCCCGAGGACCCGUGCGAGGCCAAGCCCAGGAAAAGUCCUCCGAAUUAGAGCCGAGAGACGUCGGAGGAGAUGGAACCGCCGGGCCGGCGCUGCCGGGGAAGGUCGGCCUUCGAGAUCCAAAGACGGAAUGGACACGGCGGCCGCAGGCGAAUUGCUGUCGCUGUCGGUUGCUCACAAAUGACAGGAACGCCGAGGCUGCCGUCAGUCGCGGUCAAUUGAGGCUGAAACGGUCCGGUGAAGACGGCAAACCCGUCGGGCACCCCCCCGACGUUGGCACCCCGCGGACCGAAACGCUCAAGGACCAAGCGGAGCUUUUGCCUUCGCUGUCGGAUGUGAGUACGCCAGCGUCUGCGGGGGAUUGCCAUCGACUGGGUCGAGCUGAGGACGCGACCGCCACCGGGCAAAUCCUUGCCAAAUCUCAUCCACACCCAAAGUGGAGCUUAGUCUGUGGACUUUCUCUUCUGCUGUCCGGGGAAUUUUUGGACUCGGACAGUUUUGUGGAGAUGGAUUUCGCCAGGAAGGAGGAAACGACAAAGGCGACAAAGAGUCCUGAACGCAGCCGAGGUGAGUCGUCCGGCCGAGACGCGCGUGGCCGCCCGGCGGGCGAAGCGCAAGAACGCGUCCGGCGCGACCCGAGCUCCGACUCGGGGGUCCGACGGCGCCGGGAGGAGCGCGACCCUGGCACAACGAGCGGGGACACGAUUCUUUCCUUGGACAAAAGUCGUCCCUCGCCAAAGCAAUGGUUUGCGCACUGCAGUGCUUGCGUUCGCCCUGACAGCAAGCGCGAGGGUCCCACCAAGUCUUCUAAGAGCGCCGCCACCCUCAGCCGUUCAGGAGCCAAACCGGACGACAAGCCAAGCAAAUCUUCCACAUUUCUACCCGUACUUGUACCUUGGGACUCAGCGGUGGCCAUCGGGGACGGAGAUCUCGCAGGGGAGAUCGCCGAGCUCGAGGCUCAGUCUGACGGGCGGCUCCUCGAAUCAUCGCCGCAGGAGGUUUCAGAAAGGGUUUUGGACUCCAGCGAUUCAGAGACUAGUAGUAAGAGCCGAGACGAGUCGGGGAGCGACUCGUCUGUUGAAGACGUCGACGGUGACUUCGCGGCCCGGCGGUGCGAGCGCAUCUGGCGCCGUCAAACCGACGGGAAACGCCAAGAACUGAAGAAAGAAGAGUUGAGCAAACCAAGACAGGUCACGAAAGAGCCGCCCUUGAGGCUUGGACAGGAAAAGGAAGAAGAGAAACAGGAAGAGCCGAAGAGCAAAGAAAGGACGCAAAAGAGAAGGCCGCCGUCCAAGGAGGAACUGGCCAGAGAGGAAGCGGAGGAGGCUGAGCGCCUGAGGCGGGAGAAAGAAAAGAGAAUACUUUUGUAUCAGCAGAAACUGCAGAGGGAGGAAGAAGAGGAGGCGAGGAGAUUAGUGAGGGAGAAGGAGAAAAGAAUACAACUCUGUCAGGAAGCGCUGAGGAAGAAGGAAAAGGAGGAACUGGAGGAACUGGAGCUGCUGGAAAGGGAGAGGGAGACAAAAACCCGUCCCUGCACGCGAGCGUUUCGCCCAAAGGAGGGAAAAGAGGCGAGCGCAAUCUCUUGCCAGGAGGAACUGAUGCAGGAGGAGGAGGAGGAGGAGGGCCCGGCAGACCAGCUCCAGAGGGAAAAGGCACUGAGAAUGCGCCGCCACCGGGAGCAGUUGAGCAAAGAGGAAGCCCAGGAAAUGGAGCGACUGAGGAUCCAGAAGGAGACGCGAAUUUGCGGACAAAAGGAGGCCAUCAGGAGAGACGAGGAGAAGGAGGCAAUGCAAUUGACCAGGGAGAAGGAGACACGAAUACGGCUCCGCCGGGAAGCAUUGAGGAGGAAGGAAGCGGCGGCCCCGCAGCCACCAGAAAGGGAGAGCAAGGCGAGAACGCAGCCCGGCGAGGAGAAACGCGGUCUGGGUUUCGAGGGAGCAAAAAGCGGAAAAGAGUGCUUGGAGGAGCCGAUGUGGAAGGAAGUGGAAGAAGAGGAGCAGCCCAAGAGGACAAAGGAGCCGCAGAUCCGUCCCGGCCGCGAGCCCUCGGCCAAAGAAGGGGAAGAGGACGGAGAGCCGGCGGGGAAGGCUCCGGGGAUGCGGAUCUGGCGACAAAAGGAGGAGCUGCUGAGAGAGGAAAAGGAGGAGCUUGCGCGACUGAAGACGGAGAAGGAGACACGAAUCUGUCGACGCAAAGUGGAGCUGAGGAGAGAGGAAGAGGACGAGGCGGAGCAGCUGAAGCGGGCCAAGGAAACGAGACUUCGCCUCCGCCGGGAAGAACUGAGGAAAGCGGAGGAAGAGGAAGAGGAACUGUUGAGGAGGGAGACGGCCCUUCGGAAACGUCUCCUCCGGGAGGAGCUUGACAGAGCCCGCAAGGAGGCCGAGCGCUCCGUCGGGGAAAAGCAGCGGCGGAUGCGAGCCUGCCUGGAGGAGCUCACCCGGGAGGAGGAGGACGAGGCCGAGCAGCUCGGGAGGGAGAAAGCCGCAAGAGUGUGCCAACGAAAGAAGCAGCUGAUGAGAGAAGAAGAAGAGGAAGUGGCCAAACUGAGGGAGGAGAUGGAGGGAAGAAUCGCUCGCAGCCUCCAAGAGCUGAGCAGGGAGGAAAAGGAGGAAGCGGAGCAGCUGAAGCGAGACAAGGAGAGGAGAAUGCAGGGCCACCUGGAGGAGCUCCAGAGAGAGGAGGAGCAGGAGGAGGCCCAGAUCCUCAAGAGGCAGAAGGAGGAUCGGUUUCACCCUGGCCGGGAACAACACGCCGCAGAAAAGGAGAAAGAGGACAACGAGCUGAAGAAAUACUUGGACGACGAGGCUGACAAAAUGAAGAGGGAGAGGCCCGCCGCCAGGCGCUCGCGGGAUCGCGAGCGACCCAAACGACCUCAAGAGGGACAAGAGCAAAUGGACAGAGAGACCAGGACCCGGCUCAACCUUGAGGAACCGACGACGGGAGACGAAGAGGAGGGCCGGCGACUCGCGAGAGGAAAGGAUUCCCUCUCCCGGGACGAACCCAGCGGAGAGGCGGAAGAGGUGGCGUGGCUGAGGAGGGGGAAGGAGAUGAGGAUCAGACUUUAUCUGGAGGGGCUGAGGAGAGAGGAGGACGACCAGAUAGAGUCCUUGAAGAGAGAACGGAUGGAGAGGAUGUGCCUGCACCAGGAGGCGCUCAGGAGAGAAGAAGAAAACGAAGUGGAGCAGUUACAGAGGGACAGACAGGCCAGAAUGCGUCUCUGCCAAGAGGAACUCCGAAGAGAGGAAGUCAAUCACUUGGAGACCUUAAGGAGGGAAAAGGCAAAAAGAACACCCGCCCCCCUGAGCGGACCGCGAGAAGACGGGGAACAAGAGCGACUGAAGAGGAAAAAGGAGAAAAUGAGGAAAAAACUCCACAAGCUGUUAAAAGCGGAGAUGCAGCUCCGCCUGGCGGAACUCAUGAGAGAAGAGGAAGCGGCAGAGCAACUGCAGAACAGGAAGGGGCGGAGCACAGAAGAUGCACCCGAAGGCCAGCUCCCGAGAGGGACGGAGGCACCUCCGAUGUUCCGUGAAGACCAACUGAGGAGUGAGGAUGAGGAGCUAGCCUGUCUAAAGAUGGAGAUGACAAUUUCGCUCUGCCACAAGGAGGCGAGGACAGACGAGGAUGGCCCAGAGAACUCCAGGAGAAAGCCGAGCAAAGUAAGGCCGCGCCAGCAGGAGUUUGGAACGGACAAAGAAGCAGACGGACUGCUGGGGGGGGGAAUUGAGGCCCGAGAAAUGCUCCACGAAGACCAAACCAGAAGGGAGGCUGAGGACCCGGGUGGCUUGAAUAGGGAGAGGAUCAGAAAGCCACUUUGCCUGGACCAGCUAAGAGAAGCCGACCGGGGAGAAGAAUCGAAGGGAAGGGAGACAAAACCGGGCAUUCCCCAAAAAGAGAGGAAAACAGAAGAAGAAGAAGAAGAGAAAAGGCUUUUUGCCAGGGAAAUGGAGACACAAACAAUUCUCCACGAACCUGAACUAAGUAGUGAGGACAACAAACUGAAGAGGGACAAGGUCAGAAUUGCACCCCGCCCAGAGGAGCCAACAGAACAGGAGGGGGCAGAAAAAUGGAAAGGAAAGCAGACAAAAUCGUGGCUACGCCAGAAGGGGUCGAGCACCGAAGAAGGAGUGGAAGGGCAGUUCAUGAGGGAAAUGGAGACCCAAACGACGCUCCUCAAAGAUGACCCGAGAAGCGAAGACGACAAGGCCAAGACGAUCCGAACCUUGCGGGACCAGAGGGAGCCGAGAAGAGAGGAGGAGCCGGAGAAAUUGAAGGGAAAGGAGACAAAAUCGUGGCUACGCCAGCAGGAGCGCAGAACGGACAAUGACGCGAAAGGACCGCUGGGGAGGGAGAUUGAGACCCAAACAAUGCUCCACGGAGGUCGACGGAGAACCGAGGAUGAGGAGGCAGAGUCCUCGAGAGAGAUGAGAACCCCGCAUCGCCAGGAGAAGCCGAGGAGAGAAGAGGAUGAAAGAGAGAAAUUGAAGAGAACGGAGACCAAAUCCUGCUUCCGUCAGAAAGAGAGCAGAACAGAAGAAAGAAACGGGCAGUUCAUGAGGGAAAUGGAGACCCAAACGACGCUCCUCAAAGAUGACCCGAGAAGCGAAGACGACAAGCCCAAGACGAGCCGAACGUUGCUCGACCAGAAGGAGCCGAGAAGAGAGGAGGAGCCGGAGAAAUGGAAGGGAAAGGAGACAAAAUCGUGGCUACGCCAGCAGGAGUCCAGCGCAAAAGAAGUGGACGGGCAGUUUAUGAGGGGAAUCGAGACCCAAACAAUGCUCCCUAAAGAUGACCCGAGAAGCGAAGACGACAAGCCCAUGCCGAUCCGAACGUUGCGGGACCAGAAGGAGCCGAGAGGAGAGGAGGAGCCGGAGAAAUGGAAGGGAAAGGAGACAAAAUCGUGGCUACGCCAGCAGGAGUCCAGCGCAAAAGAAGUGGACGGACAGUUUAUGAGGGAAAUCGAGACCCAAACAAUGCUCCCUAAAGAUGACCCGAGAAGCGAAGACGACAAGCCCAAGACGAUCCGAACGUUGCGGGACCAGAAGGAGCCGAGAGGAGAGGAGGAGCCGGAGAAAUGGAAGGGUAAGGAGACAAAAUCGUGGCUACGCCAGCAGGAGUCCAGCGCAAAAGAAGUGGACGGGCAGUUUAUGAGGGAAAUCGAGACCCAAACAAUGCUCCUCAAAGAUGACCCGAGAAGCGAAGACGACAAGGCCAUGCCGAUCCGAACGUUGCGGGACCAGAAGGAGCCGAGAGAAGUUGAGGAGCCGGAGAAAUGGAAGGGAAAGGAGACAAAAUCGUGGCUACGCCAGCAGGAGUCCAGCGCAAAAGAAGUGGACGGGCAGUUUAUGAGGGAAAUCGAGACCCAAACAAUGCUCCCUAAAGAUGACCCGAGAAGCGAAGACGACAAGGCCAUGCCGAUCCGAACGUUGCGGGACCAGAAGGAGCCGAGAGAAGUUGAGGAGCCGGAGAAAUGGAAGGGAAAGGAGACAAAAUCGUGGCUACGCCAGCAGGAGUCCAGCGCAAAAGAAGUGGACGGACAGUUUAUGAGGGAAAUCGAGACCCAAACAAUGCUCCCUAAAGAUGACCCGAGAAGCGAAGACGACAAGGCCAUGCCGAUCCGAACGUUGCGGGACCAGAAGGAGCCGAGAGAAGUUGAGGAGCCGGAGAAAUGGAAGGGAAAGGAGACAAAAUCGUGGCUACGCCAGCAGGAGUCCAGCGCAAAAGAAGUGGACGGACAGUUUAUGAGGGAAAUCGAGACCCAAACAAUGCUCCCUAAAGAUGACCCGAGAAGCGAAGACGACAAGGCCAUGCCGAUCCGAACGUUGCGGGACCAGAAGGAGCCGAGAGAAGUUGAGGAGCCGGAGAAAUGGAAGGGAAAGGAGACAAAAUCGUGGCUACGCCAGCAGGAGUCCAGCGCAAAAGAAGUGGACGGACAGUUUAUGAGGGAAAUCGAGACCCAAACAAUGCUCCUCAAGAUGACCCGAGAAGCGAAGACGACAAGCCCAAGACGAUCCGAACGUUGCGGGACCAGAAGGAGCCGAGAGAAGUUGAGGAGCCGGAGAAAUGGAAGGGAAGGAGACAAAAUCGUGGCUACGCCAGCAGGAGUCCAGCGCAAAAGAAGUGGACGGGCAGUUUAUGAGGGAAAUCGAGACCCAAACGACGCUCCUCAAAUGACCCGAGAAGCGAAGACGACAAGCCAUGCCGAUCCGAACGUUGCGGGACCAGAAGGAGCCGGAGAAGUUGAGGAGCCGGAGAAAUGGAAGGGAAAGGAGACAAAAUCGUGGCUACGCCAGCAGGAGUCCAGCGCAAAAGAAGUGGACGGGCAGUUUAUGAGGGGAAUCGAGACCCAAACAAUGCUCCCUAAAGAUGAGCCCAGAAGCGAAGACGACAAGGCCAAGAGCUUGAAAGCGGAGACCAUCCGAACGUUGCGGGACCAGAAGGAGCCGAGAGAAGAGAAGCUGGAAAAAUGGAAGGGGAGGGAGUGCCAAACAGAAGAAGACAGACAAGAAUUGUUUAUGAGGGAACCCGAGACGAGAGAGAUGACAACGCUGUAUCGAGAGAAGGACCCGAGGAGAGAAGAGGACCGAGCAGAGGAAUUGAAGAGAAGUGAGACAAAACCGUGCCUACCGCAAAAGGAAGAAGACAGCAGGGUCUUUAUAAGGGACAUUGAGACGCAAACAAUGCUCCAGGAAGGUGAAACAAGUCGGGAGGACGACAAAUUGAAGAGGGAGAAGACCAGAAUGGCUUUCCUCCAGGAGGGGCCAAGAGAAGACGACGAGGCGGGGGAAUGGAAGGGAAAGGAGACAAAAUCGUGGCUACGCGAAAAGGAGUGUACCGCAAAAGAAGAAGUGGACGGGCAGUUUAUGAGGGAACUUGAGACCCAAGCAAUGUUCCAUGAAGAUCAACCGAGGAAUGUGGACCAGGAGUCGCGGCACUCGGAGCUCGAGGCCGUGAGAAUGUCACCCCGCCAGGCGGGACGAAGAAGUGAAGAUGAGCCGUUGAAGAGGGACAAGCUCAACGUUCCCCCCCAACUGGAGCUGAGGAGAAAGCCGGAGGAGAAGGAGGUAAGAGCAACGCUCCAGCUGAAGGAGCCGAGAAGAGAGGAUCAUGAGACGGACUGGUUGAAAAAGGAAAGGGAGACAAUCCUCGGCCUGAACAAACAAGUCUUGUGCGCUGAGGAAGAGGAGGACAGUUUCAAGCGCGAAAAGGAAAAAGGGGUCUAUCUCUGGCAAGAAGAACUGAGCGCAAAAGAGGACGACAAACAAAAUUCCUGGGCGCUUUGGAGAGACCGUGAAGAAGAGGACGAGGAGGUGGAGUCGUUCAAGAGACAAAAGCAGAGAAGGAUUGGCCUUUGCGUUGAAGAACUGAAGAGGCAGGAAGAGGAGGAAGUGGAGCAGUUGCAGAGAGAAAAGGAGACAAGAAUGCGCAACUACGUGGAGGAGCUCAGAAGAGAAGAAGAAAACCAGGCGGAUCGUCUAAAGAGAGAAAAGGAGCAGAGGAUACGUCUCCUCCAGGAAGAGAUCAAGGGAGAGGAAGAGGAGGAGGCCCAGCGAUUAAAGAGGGACCAGAGGGAGCGAAUGAAUCUCCUCCAGAAAGAGAUGAAGAAAGAGGAAGAGACCGAGCGAUUGAAGUGGGAACAAGAGAGGAGAACGAGGCUCCGCCGGGAGGAACAACGCAAACACGAAGAGGAGGAGACGAGCAGGAGCGGCCGCCCGGAGGAACGUCUCGACACCGGGACCCAGCUCAGGAGAGAGGAAAGAGCAGAGUUCGGGAAGGAAGAAGACCAGACCGACGAUCAUCUCCGGGACCAUUCUGCCGCAGAAGAGGAGCAAAGGUUCGAUCGGGAGAAGGUGAAGAGGACUCCUUCCUGCCAGCGGACACCAAGGGAAGAAGAGGAAGACGAGGAGCUUGAGCACAUAAAGAGCGGCAGAAAGAAGAGGAUGCACCGCAGCCGAGAGGGAUCCGCGCCGGACCAAGAUGACGGGGAGGAACGGUUCAAGGUUACAAGGCAAAAUCCGAUGAGUCGGCUCCAGGACGAGCUCAAGAGAGAGACGGAGGAGUUGAUCGACAAACUGAAGGCUCAGAAGCGGAGGCGAACGCGUCUCCGACAAAUCGACUUGUGGGGCGAAGAGCAGGAGCGCAAACUCAAGCUGGAGUACAAGGAAAGGCUCAGGGCUUUGCGGCACAGCCUCCUCCUCAAGAGGAGAGACGAGGAGCUCUUGUUGGACAACAUGUUUGAGCAGAAGAAGAAGUUAAGAGAACGGGUCCACGCGGACCAAGACCAGGAACAACGUCAGAUCAGGCAGGACCGCGAAGCCGCCCUGCGAGCGCUUUACCUCGCGCUUGAAGAAGAACGGGAAGCCGAGCGUGACAGGCUGCAAGCUCAAAAGAGGCAAUUCUUCAACCGUCUGUCGGAAGAGUCUGAAGACGAGAUGGAUACCCUGAGAAUGAGGCUGCAGGACCCAGAACCCAGGGGGGAGAACCGCAGGUUUCUGAAGCCACAGCAGGCACCAGAGAAGUCUCUGAAUUCGGGCUUCUGCGGGACUUACUUGGCGCCCAGUGGGGCAGCUGCGGGGUCCCAACACGGAAUAUUCGGCACCUUCGUCCCGAUGCCUCAGAGGACCGACCGCUUUCCGGCCUACGCCGUUAACGCCGGACCGCCGCGUCCGGUCUACGUGGCCACGCAUCCCUUGUCGGGUACUCCGCAGCCGCUGCUCUGUCAGCCGAGAGCAACGGCGCCCGUGGACCCCUUCGCCACCACGUACCUGAGCGAAACCUACCUCGCCAAUCCUCCCGCUGGCUACUGCGAUCAGCUGGGCCUGAACAACUUUGACGAGAUCACCGUUUACCGUUUCCAGAGACAGAAUGCGCAAUGGAUGCCUUCUGUCCACACGUGAAGGCGUUCUGGCCGUCGAACAAUAAAUUCCUUGUGGGUCGCACGCAGUCUUUCUCAAGAGAAAACUGGUCUUGGUUUUUGAUUUUUUUUUUUUUUUUUUUUUCCAUUUAAUAUUGAAGGCAACUCAUGGUUUCAGUCAAAUGAAGGUGCCGUAAUCAUUUCUCCAAAGCGGCAGCCGUAUGAAAAGGGUCCGCGAAGUCGAGUCCGACGCCGCUCGCCUCGGCGUCAACGUGACCAGAAUACUUUGUGGGGACAGAAAGCAGAGCUGGGGAGUUCUUCGCGAUUGGGUCGAACGUUAGCGCACGUUUGAAAUUCUUUGCGAAAUUCUAUUUGUCUGUCCGCAGUCUUGGGAUUCUCAUUGGGCCACUUGGUUUCAUUGCCUCCCAGACGGCUUAGCGGACGCUCGAUAAGGACACGAACGUGGAAUUGUGCCGUCCGUCCCGAUUGGACUUCGCGAACGGCCGCUCAGGUCACCGACACAUUUGCGUCUCCGAACUUGUUGCUUCCGAGAGAACCUCUGAUGAGCAAAAAGUGAACGGGAAAAAGUGUGAAUUUUCCAAUCUCCCUUCUGAGCGCAGACAAAAUGCUUCUGGUGUGACUUUGUAAGUCUCCUUUCGGAAGGAAUCUUUGGCCACAAACCGAAGAGCAAAACGGCUUCUCGCCAACGUCUUUUCAACUGAGUCUUGGACCACAAACUGAGCAGGGGAAAGGUUUCUCCAGAGUGUGUGACCCGGAAGUUCUUUUUUU